AUGCCCGUCAGAAAGCCCAGCAAGUUUGGCUCCAACGUCAGAUUCGCGAAAGACUCUUCUCGAAGACAACGGACGAAAACGAUAACUGCAUCUUCCCUGCGCGCUACCGAGGGGACCUCUCAAGAUGAGAAAAUACAAGCAACACGGCUGGCAAACAGCAUUGACGAAGCCAUGGGAUUUGGCAAAUACGAGUCUGGCAAGAGGCGAGUGGGAUGGCUCUACAACAUGCAUAGCACUUCGAUAGAGGAUUCCAAAAUCCCAGGUGGCCGAGCUGGUGUGGAUUUUUAUUUUAUUGGCGAAGAAGGCGACAACUUUAAGGCGACUGUUGAAUACGACCCGUACUUUCUGCUCGCUGUAAAGCGUGGAAAAGAACCCGAGGUUGAAGAGUGGUGCAAAAGACUGUUUGAGGGACUGAUCAAAACCGUCAAUCGUCUCACGAAGGAAGAUUUGCAGAUGCCAAACCACCUGCUCGGCUACAGACGAACAUUCCUGCAACUGACCUUUGCAAAUGUCUCCGAUCUCCUGUCAGUUCGCAAGGUCAUCAUGCCUAUCGCAGAGCAGAAUAAAGAAAAGGUCAAUGCUAUGGACACCUACGCAGAGGUAGCUAGUGCUACUGCGGGCUUUGAUGUCUAUGACGAAGAGCAAGCGCACGACACACGACCAAAUGGAAUCGCAGAGGCUAGCGACUUUAUAGUCGACAUUCGAGAGUACGAUGUGCCUUACCACGUUCGACUGGUCAUCGAUAAGGAUAUACGUAUCGGAAAAUGGUAUACCGUGGAGGCGAAGCAUGGGUCGGUUACCCUUUCUUGCCUCGAAGAACGUCUUCAAAGAGCGGAUCCUGUGGUGCUUGCAUUUGAUAUCGAAACAACUAAAUUGCCCCUCAAAUUCCCCGAUGCCACCAUUGACCAGAUCAUGAUGAUCUCAUAUAUGAUUGAUGGUCAAGGAUUUCUUAUCACCAACCGAGAAAUUGUCUCUGAGGAUAUCUCGGAUUUUGAUUACACCCCAAAAGCAGAAUAUGAAGGGCCUUUCCUGGUCUUCAAUGAGCUGAACGAGCGGAGCCUCGUUGAGCGAUUUUUCUCCAUGAUCAAAGAGGCGCGACCAACAGUCAUAGCUACAUACAACGGUGACUUCUUUGACUGGCCCUUCGUGGAGGCCCGAGCUAGCGUCAACGGAAUUGACAUGUAUGCCGAGAUUGGAUUUCGGAAGAAUAGCGAGGAUAUCUACCAAAGCGACUACUGUGUGCACAUGGAUUGCUUUGCAUGGGUCAACAGAGACAGUUACCUGCCUCAGGGGAGUCGAGGCUUGAAAGCGGUGACAGUCGCGAAGCUAGGCUACGACCCUGAUGAACUCGAUCCAGAACUGAUGACGCCUUAUGCCAGUGAACAUCCACAGAUUCUGGCAGAGUACUCUGUGUCUGAUGCGGUCGCCACUUAUUAUUUGUACAUGAAAUAUGUCCACCCUUUCAUUUUCUCACUUUGUACAAUUAUCCCACUCAGCCCAGAUGACACCCUACGAAAAGGGACAGGCACGCUCUGCGAAAUGCUGUUGAUGGUCCAAGCGUAUCAGAAGAACAUAGUCCUGCCAAACAAACACAAGGAGCCGAGGGAGGCCUUCUGGGAAGGACACCUUCUUGAUUCGGAGACUUAUGUUGGUGGUCAUGUGGAGAGCAUCGAAGCUGGUGUUUUUCGCGCGGACAUACCUGUCAAUUUCGCAAUUGACAAGACAGCCAUUGAUGAGCUCAUUCAAGAUCUCGAUGCCGCAUUAAAGUUUUGCAUAACAGUUGAAGAAAAGAAAUCCAUGGAUGAUGUGACGAAUUACGACGAGGUGCGCACGCAAAUUAUCGAAAAGCUGAACAACUUGAAAGAAACUCCAAACAGAAACGAACGUCCUUUGAUCUAUCACUUGGACGUGGCAUCGAUGUAUCCUAAUAUUAUGACUACGAAUCGAUUGCAACCCGACUCUAUGAUAUCUGAAUCAGACUGUGCGGCUUGCGAUUUCAAUCGACCUGGGAAGACUUGUGAUCGACGUUUGCCCUGGGCAUGGAGAGGCGAAUUUCUUCCCACAAAGCGAGAUGAGUACAACAUGAUCCGAACGGCGGUCAUGAAUGAGUCCUUUCCUGGCAAAUUCCCCCAAGCUCCCAGAAGGACCUUCCAGGAAUUGAGUCUAGACGAGCAGGCUGCGACAGUCCGGAAGAGAUUACAGGACUAUUCAAAAAAGAUUUACCACAAGAUUCAUGAUUCUAAGACGAUAGAGCGUGAAGCCAUUAUAUGCCAACGGGAGAACCCUUUCUAUGUCAAUACUGUUCGAGAUUUUCGAGAUCGGCGAUAUGAUUUCAAGGGACAGCAGAAGGUGUGGAAGGGAAAAACAGAAGCCCUCAAGUCAUCAAGGGCUUCGGCCAGCGAGAUCGACGAGGCCAAAAAAAUGAUUAUUCUCUAUGACUCCUUGCAGCUGGCACACAAGGUCAUUCUGAACUCGUUCUACGGAUAUGUCAUGCGAAAGGGCUCGCGGUGGUAUUCAAUGGAGAUGGCCGGUGUCACCUGCUUGACCGGUGCCCACAUCAUUCAGAUGGCACGGGAACUCGUUGAGCGCAUUGGACGUCCGCUGGAGCUGGACACAGACGGUAUCUGGUGCAUGCUACCUGCCACUUUCCCUGAAAAUGUUGUGUUUACACUGAAAAAUGGCAAGAAAAUGGCAAUUUCAUACCCUUGUGUGAUGUUGAAUCAUCUGGUCCAUGCUAGGUUUACGAAUCAUCAAUAUCAAACCUUGGUCGACCCAGGGACGUUCAAGUAUGAAACACACAGUGACAACUCGAUCUUCUUCGAAGUUGACGGACCAUAUAAAGCAAUGAUUCUGCCUACAUCAAAAGAGGAGGACAAGAACUUGAAGAAACGUUACGCGGUCUUCAACCACGACGGCACUCUGGCAGAAUUGAAAGGUUUUGAAGUUAAGAGACGUGGAGAACUAAAGCUUAUCAAAAUCUUUCAGACGCAAAUCUUCAAAUUUUUCUUGGAAGGCACAACCCUGGCAGAGACAUACGGGGCUGUCGCGCGUGUUGCAAAUCGGUGGCUAGAUGUACUACACCAACAUGGUUCAACCUUGGCCGACGAAGAAUUAAUUGACCUCAUUUGCGAAAACAAGAGCAUGGCCAAGACGCUUGAGGAAUACGGAGCCCAGAAAUCGACGUCUAUCACAACCGCCAAACGAUUGGCAGAAUUUCUGGGAGACCAAAUGACCAAGGAUAAAGGCCUCAACUGCAAAUACAUCAUCUCAGCCAGACCCCGAAAUACUCCAGUGACAGAAAGAGCUAUCCCAGUCGCAAUAUUUUCUGCAGACGAGAAUGUCAAGCGGUUCUUCUUGCGCAAGUGGUUGAAAGAUGAUCCCGCCGACAUGGACCCAAGAAAUGUGAUUGAUUGGGACUAUUAUCUAGAACGCCUAGGGUCUGUUAUUCAAAAGCUGAUCACCAUCCCAGCCGCCCUCCAAAAAGUCAGAAAUCCUGUACCGCGUGUUGCCCACCCCGACUGGCUACAGAAACGGAUUAAUGCAAAGGACGAUAAAUUCAAGCAGAAGAAGAUGACGGACCUCUUCGAGAAAAGGCCUCUAGUCGAGCGAUCUGUAAAUCUUCUUGAUCAUCGACUCCCGGCUACUGGGGAUAUUGAAGAUGCACUCAAUGCUGAGUUGAAGCCCCGGACUCAGCCCUUUAAGCCUGUCAAAAGAAAGGCGGAUGACAUGACAGCCAAGGUGCUGAUUGAUCCCUAUGCUGAGCUACCUUCUGAUGCGCCCGCCGCUGAUGAAAACUACGCUGGCUGGCUAAAUUACCAAAAGAAAAAGUGGAAGGUCCAGAAGCAAGCUCGUGCUCGACGGCGGCAGUUAUUUGGUGAACGGCCAAAUGUGGGUACUGACUCAAUCAGUAACUUCUUCCGCAAUCAAGCGGAAUUGCUUUUCAUCAACACAUGGCAUGUAUUGCAUUUCCGUCAAGGCGACCUGCCAGGUGAGGUCACAGCUUUUGUGUUAAUUGGCAAAAAGAUUCACGCUCUGAACAUCAAGGUUCCUCGCACUCUCUAUCUCAACCUCAAAGGGGAUGAGAUCCCAAAUGUCGAAGUUCCCGAGUGCGAAGUUGAGAAAGUCAAUCACGUUCUCCCGAAUGGCCAUCCUUCCACUCACUUGUUCCAAUUGACAAUGUCUGAGGAUACUUAUCUCCACGAGGCAGAAUCGGUAGCUCUUUUAUGCAAUCAUUACAGUGUGGAAGGUGUUUACGAACGAGGAUUGCCCCUUUCUAUGCGGGCGAUGCUCAAGUUGGGCAACAUGUGUUCAUUUGACGAAAGCCAGAAAGGUGUUCUGGGCAAAGGUCUGGAGCAGGGCUUCGACCUCUCGGCUUUGAUGAGAAGUGACGCGCAGUCUACGUACCUCGAAGACCCGAGCUGGAUGGGCUAUGUCUACCUGUAUCAUGUGACGGCAGGUGAUCGAACAGUAUUUGCCCUCUUCUCAUCAACAAAAACAGACGCCCAUAUCGUGGUGCUGAGCCGAAGUCGUGAUGCCCAAUUGCCGAAUGCUGACAAGCUGUAUGGAGAACAAUAUCGUCAGAAGCAGCAAGACGAUACUUUAUUAUCGAGUCUUUUCGACUAUCAGCCAUCCUUGCAUUUUAAAGUUUCUCAAGUCAUAACUAAGCGAAAGGCCCAUCUAGAGAUCAGUGACACACUCAAGAAAUGGCGAUCAGACGAAACAAAGCCAACCAUGCUCCUGCUUCAAACAACCUCAAGCAAGCAGCUUAUGCAUGAUAUUCGUAUUACCAAAGAAUAUCCUAUUCUUUGUCUACCAACUGAGCAAGGCGAUGCAGACUUGCCUUCUUUAGGAUGGCAGGCUUUCAUCUUCAAGCGCCUGAUAUCACAUUAUUUCUCCGUUAACGGAUGGUUGACACAUUUGAUUGAACUUGCGCGCUAUGGAGAUGUUCCGGUGUGCAAUUUAGAAAAGGAUGAUCCCCGAUUUCUGAUUGACCUAGCAUACGCCAGGAGGCUCAAAAAGAAUAAUGUGGUACUUUGGUGGUCUGACAACCCACGACCUGACCAUGCUGGCCAUGAACGAGAUGAUAUAUUAGGCCCUUUGACCGAGGUUGUGGAAAUGCCGUCGAUCAACAAUCCUAGUGUGUACACUUCUGUCUGUGUCGAUGUUUCCGUCCAGAAUCUGGUCAUCAAUACAAUCCUGACAUCGUCCAUUAUUAAUGACCUCGAAGGAUCUACCGACUCAGUUGCAUUCAACCCGGCCGCAGGUGAAGACGCACCAGCCAACUCAAGAACGGCUAGAACCAAUGCGGGAUUCGCACAGGCUGCACUAGAAGUACUUCGCGAGAUGGUCAAGUCGUGGUGGGCAGAAGCUUGCCAAGGACAUCGACUUGCAGAUGUCAUGGUUCAGCACCUUGUUCGCUGGGUAGAGGCGCCAGCAUCUUGUUUAUAUGACAGACAUCUACAUUACUAUGUCCAGAUGAUGUCAAAGAAGGCAAUGCAGCAACUCAUUACCGACUUCAGACGAGUGGGCUCGCAAGUUGUGUUCGCAAGUCCUACACGUCUCCUUUUGCAAACCUCGAAACAAGAGGUCGGAAAUGCAUACGCGUAUUCCCAGUACAUUCUCAAAUCGAUCCAACAAAAGCCUUUGUUCCAUUUCUUGGGCCUGGAGAUUAAGGAUUACUGGGACAUACUUGUCUGGUACGACCAGUACAACUAUGGAGGCAAAGGUACUUCUACCGUGACGGAAGAGACAGUGGACUCCAAUCUCGAGACAGUGGUACAUUGGCAAAUAUCCCAAUUCCUCCCCCAGCUACUGCAGCCUGUUUUUGAUAAUUGGGUCGUUACGUUUAUCAAUCUCAUGCAACAUCUGAAGAGGCCAGCAAACACAGCUGGCGGCCCAUCUGCGACUCCCGGACCAACGCAGCUUGCUUCGGGAUUCAUCAGCCUCACAGAGGACCCGACAAGCACGGAAGUAACGACGGUCUUGCAAGAUGGCUUCUCCAAGCCAUUGAAGAAGAAGAUCACAAGUUUGAUUCGUCGUCAGCGUGAGGAGCUACUUCACCAUGAGCUCGCGAGCGACUGGUCUUUUCCGUCAUUGCCUGGCGGGUCGCUUGAGGUCCUGGAUCGGCAGCACACUCUCAAUCCAGUUCUCGAGUUAGUCAAGAGUCUGAUGCAGAUCAUAUCCCUCUCGAAGCCUCUGCAACUUGAAGCGCGUCUUUUGCGCAAAGAUUUGCUGGCAUUGUUCGAUGUCAAGGAGUUUGGACGAGAGAGUCGGUUCGAGAAUCCGAGCGCGAGCCUCCGCUUCGACAGUCUCGUCUGCGACACGUGCACUAUGACUCGCGAUCUGGACCUCUGUCGGGAUGAAGAUGUCCUACCGGAUCCCCAGGCCAGUGAGGAAGAUGCCGUCAACAGACCAUGGCGCUGCACCAGCUGCCAGGCCGAGUACAGCAAGAUCGACCUCGAAGAGUCCUUGAUCGCCCGCAUACAAGCAUCGUUGCUCAGCUGGCAGAUGCAGGAUCUGAAGUGCAAGAAAUGUAGUGUCCUGCAAGGUGACGACUGUGUCUUUGCAGACCACUGUACCUGUGGUGGCGAGUGGGCAGGUACGAUGGAUCGAAGCGAGGUUUCCUCUCGCCUGAAGACCAUGGAGAGGGUUUCGUCUGCAUAUGGAUUACGCAUGCUUCAAGGUGUCGUUGAAAGUGCCAGGACGAUGUGUAUGAUUUCAUGA